GUGGCGCACGCGAGUCGCCAAUGCUGUAGACAUGUUCGUGUUUUUAGAAGUCAUUAAAUUUGAGCUGUUGAGAUCGACGAUUGUUUAUAUUAGAAGGAUGUGGCGGAAUACGCAUUCCUGAUGGCUCGUGUUAAGCCGCACGAAGUGAGUUGCUUGAGGCCACGGUUAUUCAAAAUGCUUUACUGUUAGAGUGUACAUGUGUUCCCGUAUCGUUUGACAAGUGGGUUAAAUGAAUACCAGAAUACAGGAAUAUAAAAGGCUUUUGGAGCUGUUAUUUCGGUAUUUGGCUGCCUGGCGAAUUCAUUGAUUGAUUUAUUGUCGGAAAUGCACGCAGCGUGUCCCGGAUUAUGAAUGGACGAAAGAUUAUAUAAGUACGCUAUUAGUAUUGGGAAUAGUGAAUGAAAGCUCGGAAAAACCUAACUGGUUGCCAAUAUUAACUGAUUGAGAAUGGAGUCAGUUGAUAGAUCCGAUGAAUCGUCUGUAACAGAAAAUGAUUUGAGGGUAAGAUAUGGAUAUAAGCCUAAAAAGAGAAAGACUCUGAAGAAAAACAUAAAAAAUGCAGUACAGUGUAAUGUUCCAUGUAUGAAAAAUAAACUUUUUAAUUUAAUUCCUAUUUUAACAUGGCUUCCAAAGUACCCUUUUAUGGAAUAUGCAUUAGGCGAUCUUAUUUCUGGAAUUACAACUGCUAUAGUUCGAAUCCCACAAGGACUUGCAUAUGGAUUGUUGGCAGGAUUACUUCCCAUUAAUGGACUGUAUACAGGAUUUUUCUCGCCACUGGUUUACACAAUCUUUGGCACAUCAAGGCAUAUUUCAGUUGGUGUAUUUUCAGUCAUAAGUCUUAUGCUUGGUAAUGCUUUAGAUAAUCUGGAAAUUGAUGCCAGUGUCUAUUUUGAUGACAAUUCUCUAUCAAGUCGAGCUACAUCAAAUAACACGAUAUUAUCUCAUUCGAAUAUAUCAGAUGCAAAUUCAACUUCGCCUAAUGUGGAGAAUAUCGGUCGAUACACAAAUGCUCAGAACCUCACAAUAAUUUUGUCAUUGACUGUUUUGAUUGGGCUUAUUUUGCUUAUACUUGGUAUCUGCAGACUUGGUAUUGUCGCAAUGUUUUUAUCAGAUCCUGUUGUAUCUGGAUUCACAACAGCUGCUGCUAUUUAUGUAGUCACAGCUCAAAUGAAAUAUAUAACUGGAAUACCACUUCAAAGAAAAAGUGGGAUUUUUGGAUUGAUUUCAACCUACAUUGAUCUAUUUUCUCGAAUUUCUGAAAUUCAAUGGUCAGCUAUUAUAACUAGCGCAAUUUGUCUUCUUAUUCUUGUGCCAAUCAAAUAUGUAAAUCGAAAUUACAGUGAAAAACUGAAAAACAUUCCGAUUCCUGGUGAAUUGAUGAUAGUAAUACUUGGAACAGGAAUUUCGUAUGGUGCGAAGUUAAGUGAAACAUACAGUAUCAAAAUUAUUGGUUCUGUGCCCAAGGGAAUGCCAUCUCCUAUGUUGCCAAAUAUUUCACUUUGGCCUGUUUUAAUAGGUGAUGCAAUUUCGAUUGCAAUAGUUACUUUUGCUGUUGCGGUAUCGAUGGGAAAACUCUUCGCAAAAAAGCAUGGCUACAAUAUUGAUCCAAAUCAGGAAUUGAUUGCCCUUGGAUUAUGUCAAAUAACGUCAGGAUCCUUUCAAGGACAUUCAGGAGGUGGUGCAUUGGCCAGAAGUGUCGUACAAGAAAGCAGUGGAGGGAACACACAGGUUGCUGCACUUGUGUCAUGUUCAGUAAUGCUUCUGGUAUUACUAGUGAUUGGACCGGUUUUCAAAAGUUUGCCCGUUGCGUGUUUGGCUUGUAUUAUCUUGGCCAAUUUGCACAGUCUUCUUCUGCAAUUUAACAAGCUACCCAGACUAUGGAAAGUUGAUAAGUAUGACUUUUCAGUAUGGCUUAUGACAUUCAUAUUUGUUAUAAUUCUGGGUGUAGACCUGGGGCUUUAUGCUGGGGUAAUAUUUUCACUUUGUUGUGGUGGACUGAGACAAAGUGGUGCAAAAGUUAAAUUUUUGGGUGGAUUAGAAGGUACUGAUAUAUAUCGAGAUAUUGAAUACUACCAGAAUGUGCAUGAAGUACCAGGUAUAAAGAUAAUAGAAUUUACACAAUCUCCAACAUAUGCUAACAAGUCAUCAUUGCAGAAAAUUACACCAACAUAUUUUGAACAUGAAGUAAACAUUUCACCGACAGAUAAAAGUCUAUUGUCAAAAUCUAAUGAUGAUAUUGAGAAUUGCGAUAUUCAACAACAGAUUCUCACUAAAAAUGUAACAACUAAGAUAAAGUAUAUAAUAUUUGAUUGCUCGCACUGGAAUAUGAUUGAUACUGUUGGAAUGUCUACCCUACUUCAAGUCAUCACAGAUUUGAAAUUGGCUGAGAAGGAGGUAUUUUUAACAUCUGUGUGCGAAGAUGUGCACAUGAAACUCUCAUUGUAUGGCAUAGUAGAUGACGAGAAAUCUGCAGUAAAAGUAUUUCCAACAGUGUCAUUGGCUGUAGCUGCAGCUAAACUUAUGUUGGAAAUGGAAUCAAAUGCAGAACCAGAAUCAAGAUAUAGUUUUAUUUAAUAUUUACGAGCAAUAAAAAAUCCUGUUAUGGGAAUGAUCCGCCAUCAAUAUUCAGUUUGCUUCAUUGAAAAUGUUUAAUCUACCAGUGAAUUUCAGUUGGUUUACCACAUAAUUUUUUCUAUUGAAAGUUAUAUGAAAAUUUAUAUUAGUUUGCUGUGAUAUCUGUUUUAACUUUUUAUUUAUUUUAUGAACUGAUGAAAUGUAGAUAUUUCAAAUUUAAGCAAAACAGUGCUUCCUAUUUUAUAGAACUUAAAUUUUAGGCUUUGUCCAUACAUGUUUAGCCACUAAUAUGUACACAAAUAGUAUCAUUUUAUUGCAUUUGAUUUAUCGCUUUGAUAUAUGUUGUUAAUAUUUUAGUUUUGUCAGUUUCAGAGCAAUGGUAUUGAAUUUUACCCAGUUUUUUAUAUCAAAAUAAUUGAUUAUUUAUUUCAUGGUGCAUUACUGAAUUUUAAUACUUGGAAAUCUAGUCAUAAUUUUUUUGCAAUUAACAAUUUUAAUGAGAAAGUGUUUAUUGUGCCAAACUAUUAAUUUUUAUAAUUACAGUUAUACAAACUGUGACUCAUCUUUUUUCAGUGUGUAUAUUAUUUACGCUCUAUUACGCUGAAAUCUUUUCACUUUAGUAUUUUAUUAGUGUAUAAGUGACAUAAAACCCAAUUUAAAAUUUUACUCUAGCUUUCUUUGCUUUUUUAUUCACUUUUGUUGUUUGUCAAUACCUGUUCCAAUGUUAUUUAUUUAAUUUAACAAUAUGGUACACUAGAGAAUUUUAUACUAAUAAUAACAGAUGUCAGAAAUGGUGUUAAAAAAUUAUUUUCAAAAAACUCUCAAUUAAAUAUAUUAUUAUUCUUCCAUACUAAAAUCAGUUCUUUUUUAAACUUGUCCCUAAAAUGGAUUUAUUUAUACAAAUUUAUUACAUAUUCGAAAAAUUCAACAUAUAUUGACACCCAGCAUAAUACUUACGUUUUAUUACUGACAUUCUACUGGCAACAUAUUAAUUUUUACUUUAUUCAAUUUUCAUUAAGCUCUCUGUAAGAUGCAGUCCAAAACUGGAAAUUAUAAGAAGGUGUGGUUUUAGAAUGUGCUAUUGGUGAAUUGUGAAAAGACGUAGUGUGGCAUACCCUCAUAGCUCUUUAUUCAUUUUAAUGGCAUUAGCGACAUAGGUAUAUUAAUGAGUCGUCGUUUUAUAUAAGAUAUCAUCAAGAUGAUUUUUCAAAACGUUACAAUUAAACAAUUAUUUCUUUGAAUUCAUCCUGCUUUCUAACUCGUAUGCAGAAUAUUAAAUUUCUAUGCAAUUGCCAUGAUACUGACUUUUCGACUUGAGCCAAAAAUAAUACAGACACAUGUGUUAAUUUUCAUUGAGAGAUUGGACAGAAUGCGGUUUAUUAUUAUUCAUCAAUGUUAAUGAGCUGUAUAUUCAAAAGUUCAUAUUAUUUAUCAUUCUUAUUUACAAUGUUAUGCCUAUUGUGCAAUGACUUUCCAAUUAAAAAUCCUUACACAAAUAUUUUUAUAACAUGUAAUGAAUAAUGAUGGUUUAUGCCAUUUUCAGAAAUGGGUUAGACAUAUUUCAUGCAAUAUUAUAUUCAUAUUAAUAUGAUAUGCUCCAUGCUUAUGUGUUUGUGAUGUCCAUAUAUUAUGCACUUUUCUGCAAACUUCCAGUUCAUGUCAUUACACCUUCAUUAUACUGAUUUCUCUUUCUAUGUCAGUACCAUGGCUGGGAAGUUGGUAUUUAAUUACAGUGGCUACUGCUCCAGAGCCACAGUUUUCCAACUUUGGAGCUCCAUAGCCAAUAAUCUUUUUGCCACCAUGAAACAUAAGCUCAACUUGAAUUUGGGGGAAGUGGGACUCAAAACUAUGAUAUUAGGCGUCAAAUUUUAAAUUGAGUAUUUAAUUAUACACAUUUAACUUGAAACUUUCAAAUUUAUGUUUAAAACUGAAUAUUGAAAAAAUCUCCACAGCUACUCUUCCCAGCCCUGAAGAAUCAUGUUUCAUUACCAUAACUAUACUUGAAAGUACGUCUCGCCCAAUACAAAAUAACCUGAUAGGUCUUCUUCAAUACUUUGAAAGAUAUUUCAAAAGUAAUUGGUAAAUGAGUCUACAUAAUAUUGAGUACUUUUUUAUGCUGGAUGAUGCAUAAUUUGCUGGACCAUACCAAAAUUAUAAUUUGAUUAUUAUUGAACUGUAGUUCAUUAGGAUGUUAUAUCACACUUGAGGUGGUAUAUAUGUAGCACCUUUAAUCUGACAAUGACUUUCACGACAGCCAGAGCGCGAACGAAAUUGUUUAUUGGCCGUGUGCUAACACCACGAUUGACCAAGUUUCGACAACUCCAAACGAGCCAUUUUUGUGUUAUUUAGUGCUGCUCUGGGCUGUUUUUGAUUUAAAACUGUCACGUCAUCCCCACCAAUAGAAUUACGUGCGAUAUUUCACACUACGCUUCGAAUAGCUUCUUUGUUUGUAGGUCAGAAUUGUAAAUACACAUUAACUUUACUUCGAUCACGUUACGAAGAGAUUAUAAAACGCAAUUUUAGUUUGUCAAGGUCAAAGAUCUUUUGUUGGUGUUAAUAUUAUUUUAGUUUACCACUAGUGAACAAAAUUUCGCCCACGACUAUAGGGUCUUUUUCUUUUUGGAAUUUCACGUUUUACAUUCAUAACGUAGUGGUACUGGUGGUGGCCUAGUCUUGUCUAUGGUGCUAUGCUUUUUGGUGAUUUUGAAAUAGCAAAAUUAAUGGUGGCUUGACAUAUUACAGAAAUUAAUAAAAGGGAUUUAGGCUACAUUUCUUGACUCAAGCGAGUCCAACUGUUCUGGAACCGGGCAUAUUGAGUUAUAUUCUUAUCAGUUACGGAUGUUCGAUACUUUGCUUGGAUAGAAUGGGUCUUUCGGCGAAAUGCUAUAAAAUUAUUCGGUUUAAAAAUAUGAAAUAAUCUCAUAGGUGAUAUCUCAUUAAAUUUCUACAUCCAUCACGUUUUUGAUCACAUGCCCCGCAUCAUUCAAUAAUUAAUUUCGCCUCCAGUACGUGACAAAAACUAAUAAACCUCGCAGCCAAGAAUCAAAGAGGAUUAUAUUAUGUAUUGAUUCACGUUAUGUGGUGAUGCGGAUGAUUAUUAUCAAUUGACCAGUCACGAUGCAAUGACAAGAAAUGUGAGGCGCUUGUCCAGAUUAAUACUCGAUGAGAGAUAUUUACCUAAAAGACGGAUUAUUGCUUUGAUGAAUAAAACGUCAUGAUAAAACGUUCUCGAUCAUGCUAAGCACUAUGCCUUUAUACUGCCCGCUAGUCACCAUCUGGUUCGCAAGUUCGGAAAUGCCUUUACGAUCAUUUGCGAGGGCGUUGCUGGAUCCAUCGCAUGGCAGUUCCGAUAGUUUAUUGACGAUUCGGCUCCCUUCACUUCCUGGUUCCACGCGAUUGUGGGAUGAAUAUCCCCACAGACGACUCAACUGGGUACGACGCCGUAGUUCGUCAUACAAUUGAGCUGUAAUGCGUGUGCUUCUCUCAUCCCUCAUGAAUCAAUUUAUUGGGUAAACACCUAACGCGGUAUUGGGCUCUAAAAUCUCGGAAAAAAAUAUUCCUGGGAUACCACAGCCACAUGUGUUAAUUUACAUCCACAUGUGUCAAUUUUCAUUUAGUAUUAUUAGUUUAAUAUUAUUCGUCAAUGUUAAUGAGCUGUAUAUUUAAAUGUUUAUAUUAUUUGCCAUUUUUAUUUACAAUGUUAUGCAUAAUGUGCAAUGACUUUCUAAUUAAAAAUCCCUACACAAAUAUUUUUAUAACAUGUAAUGAUGGUUUAUGCCAUUUUCAGAAAUGGGUUAGUCUGUUAGACCUAUUUCAUGCAAUAUCUCAUUCAUAAUAAUAUGAUAUGCUACAUGCAGAUGUGGGACCUCCUGAAGUAUGCGCACCAAGAUGGCGCACAACCUGAUGAACUCAGGUUAGGUUUCAGGUUGUGCGACAUUUUGGGGCGCAAACUCCAGGAGUACCCAGAUGUGUCUGUAAUGUCCAUAUAUAUAUCAUACACUUUUCUGCAAACUUGCAGUUUAUGUCAUUACACUUUCAUUAUACUGA